AUGCGAGCGACUUCCGACGACUGGCCGAUUGUGUCUCAAGCUACCUUUCUUGGUGUGCAAGUCGGUAGUUGUGGAAGCAGCCCUACCCCUCUGUUCUCUCUCGCUCUGUCAACGAAGAUUUUCGCGCGUCGAUUCACACCAGGUUAUUGUCAAUUAAUGUCUACGAACCUUGAUACCAUUGAAUCGAGUUCCGAUGCUGUUGUUUCAGCUGAACUUCCGAGUAACAGUGAUGCCGCGUUAAGUAACGAGGUUAACGUUGCGGUUGGGGUUGGGGAUGAAUUGUUAGAAUCGAAUACUGGAACCCUAACGACGAAACCGUCUUCUGAUCAUGAUGGAGGUGGUACUGUUGCUCAUGAUUCGGUUAAUGAUGCUAGGGUUUCUCGAGAUGAAAGAGAGAAUGUUGAGAAAACUGUAGAUGAAAAGGAAGAAGAAGAAGUUAAUCAUGAGGAAAAGGAAGAAAAAGAAGUUAAUCACGAGGAAAAGGAAAAGGAAGAAGAAGAAGAAGUUAAUCAUGACGAAAAGGAAGAUGUGGCAAGGAAAUACUCAAACAAAAAAGGGUUUCUCAUAGCAUAUUUUGGUGACCAAAGUUUUGCUUGGAAUGAGAAGUCAAAAAUCAAGCCAUAUAGGAAGAAUUUCUCAAAAAUGGAGAAACAAAGUAAUAGCACAAAGUUUUUUCAUGCUGUUGAUUGUGCUUUGGAUGAAGCUUUGAGGCGAAUCGAGUUUGGAUUAUCCUGUUCUUGCUUGUCCAAAGAGGUACAUGAUAAAAUCAAAUCCCAAACAUUUGUUAAUGCUGGAAUUAAGAAAGAAGAUAGUAGAAUCGAUGGUGGUGAUCGCUUUUCUACUGUUGCCACUUUCAAACCUGCUAAUGUUGUUCAAUCUGUGCAAGAUUUAGCUAGAGAACAGUUCGAUGGAUUCAACAAAUUACAGGUUUUGUCACUUAAUACUCAGUUAUUCUCAUACUAUCGUUGGAAAGGGUAUCAUCAAUUUUCUACACGCUAUUUUUUAGAUGGAUUAGAUGAGAAAUUAGAAGAGAAGUGUUCUGAGAUUCCUAUAAUUGCAAAACCAUCUUCUUCAGAUGAAAAGGUUUCAUCUAAAAAAAGGAAGUUGAAAGAUAAGAAGAUUGUUAAAGAUGAAAAACAAAAACCAGCUUCUGUAAGUGAAGAGAAAGUUUCUAAAAAAAGAAAGUUAAAUGGUUCUGAUAGUGUGAAUUCACAGAAACACAAACACAAACACAUGCGUAAUGGUAAUGGUGAUACUGAUAUGAUCCCAAAAAAGAAACUGACAAAAGAUGGUGGCAACAAAAGUCGGAAUGGAAUUGCAGAUAGAAAGCCAUCAAUUCCAAUUCCGAUUCCAACACCAAAAAGACUCUUUGGGGUUGGUGACAGCAUCUGUAGAAUUGCUAAAAAACUAUCAUUGUCGCCUUUGAUUCCCAUUCCCAAGAAGGAAUCUGAAUCGGAAUCGGAAUCCCAAUUCCAGUCCCAGGUACCAAAGGAUUCCAAUUCCAAUUCCAAUUCCAAUUCUAUUGAUGAGAAGCGUGUUGACCAAACUCAGGAGUCAACAAAGUCUGAUGAUGUGUCAACCAAAUCUGAGAUAAGUGAUUCGAGUCUGAAAACUACAAACAAAGAGAAGUUUGCUGCACUGAUUCUAAAGUUUACAAAUUUGGAUUCCAUUCCAUCGGUGACAAAUCUGAAUGAGAUAUUUAGGGUGUAUGGGAGUUUGAUGGAAUCAGAGACUGAAGUGUUGAAGAAGAGUAGUUGUGCUAAAGUUGUGUUUGAGGAAAAAACAAAUGCAGAAGCUGCUUUUAGUAGUGCUGGAAAGUUUGGUAUUUUUGGACCUUCUCUUAUUAGUUACAGACUUGAUUAUUCACCAACACCAAGGAAAAUUUAUACAAGAAAGGGAAAGAAAAAGAAUGUUUGA